CUCCCAUAUCUCCCCAUAUCUCCCCAUAUCUCCCCCUGCGAGCAGGCAGCUCUCCCAUAUCUCCCCAUAUCUCCCCAUAUCUCCCCAUAUCUCCCCAUAUCUCCCCCUGCGAGCAGGCAGCUCUCCCAUAUCUCCCCAUAUCUCCCCAUAUCUCCCCAUAUCUCCCCCUGCGAGCAGGCAGCUCUCCCAUAUCUCCCCAUAUCUCCCCAUAUCUCCCCAUAUCUCCCCCUGCGAGCAGGCAGCUCUCCCAUAUCUCCCCAUAUCUCCCCAUAUCUCCCCCUGCGAGCAGGCAGCUCUCGCAUAUCUCCCCAUAUCUCCCCAUAUCUCCCCCUGCGAGCAGGCAGCUCUCCCAUAUCUCCCCAUAUCUCCCCAUAUCUCCCCCUGCGAGCAGGCAGCUCUCCCAUAUCUCCCCAUAUCUCCCCCUGCGAGCAGGCAGCUCUCCCAUAUCUCCCCAUAUAUCCCCAUAUCUCCCCAUAUCUCCCCCUGCGAGCAGGCAGCUCUCCCAUAUCUCCCCAUAUCUCCCCAUAUCUCCCCCUGCGAGCAGGCAGCUCUCCCAUAUAUCCCCAUAUCUCCCCAUAUAUCCCCAUAUCUCCCCAUAUCUCCCCCUGCGAGCAGGUAGCUCUCCCAUAUCUCCCCAUAUCUCCCCAUAUCUCCCCAUAUCUCCCCCUGCGAGCAGGCAGCUCCCCCAUAUCUCCCCAUAUCUCCCCAUAUCUCCCCAUAUCUCCCCAUAUCUCCCCCUGCGAGCAGGCAGCUCUCCCAUAUCUCCCCAUAUCUCCCCAUAUCUCCCCAUAUCUCCCCCUG